GUGGCAGCUGUUCCUGAUGCCCUGGACCACUCUUCCUCAGCACUAAAAGAUGGGGAAGGGGCAUGUUACACAUCGCUGAUUUCUGACAUCUGUUACCCACCUCAGGAGGACCCUGCAUACUUUACAGGAAUUCUUCAGAAGGAAAAUGGUCACAUCACCACUUCAGAGAGCCCUGAGGAGCUGGGGACCCCUGGACCCUCCUUACAAGAAGUGCCUGGGAUGGAGCCACAUGGCUUAUUGAGUUCUGAUUCAGGAAUAGAGAUGACUCCUGCAGAGUCUGCUGAAGUGAACAAGAUCCUAGCUGACCCCCUGGACCAGAUGAAAGCAGAAGCUUAUAAAUACAUUGACAUAACUAGGCCACAGGAGGCGAAAGGCCAGGAGCAGCCUCACCCUGGGCUAGAAGAUAAAGACUUGGACUUUAAAGGCAAGGACACUGAAGUCUCUACAAAUCCAGAAGGAGUUAGUGCACUCGACCAACCAGUUCCUGUGGAGGGCAAGGUCAUCAAGGACCACUUAUUCGAAGAGUCUACCUUUGCCUCUUACAUAGAUGAUCUCUCUGAUGAGCAACACAGAGUGCCUCUGGUCUCUGCCCCUGUCAAGAUUACACUGACAGAGAUCGAACCUGUCGUGACUGCCACACACGAGACGACCCCAGAGAAGCAAGACCUGUGUCUGAAGCCAAGUCCUGACACAGUCCCUACUGUCACCGUCUCUGAGCCUGAAGAUGACAGUCCCGGAUCUGUCACUCCUCCAUCUUCUGGAACAGAACCAUCUGCUUCAGAGUCCCAGGGGAAAGGCAGUGUCUCCGAGGAUGAGUUGAUCGCUGCCAUUAAAGAAGCAAAGGGGUUGUCAUAUGAGACCACCGAGAGUUCAAGGCCGGUGGGCCAGGUGACCGACAGACCCAAAGCAAAGGCCAGGUCCGGGCUGCCCACCAUCCCCAGCCCCCUGGACCAUGAGGCCAGCAGUGCGGAGUCCGGAGACUCGGAAAUUGAGCUGGUGUCAGAGGACCCCAUGGCCUCCGAGGAUGCACUGUCCUCGGGCUAUGUGAGCUUUGGCCACGUGUCGGGCCCGCCCCCAUCUCCCGCCUCGCCAUCCAUCCAGUACAGCAUCCUGCGGGAGGAGCGCGAGGCCGAGCUAGACAGCGAGCUCAUCAUCGAGUCCUGCGACGCCUCCUCGGCCUCAGAGGAGAGCCCCAAGCGCGAGCAGGACUCGCCCCCGAUGAAGCCAGGCUCCCUGGACGCCAUCCGCGAGGAGACCGGCACUCGGGCCCCCGAAGAGCGGGCGCCCAGCCUCCAGGGCCUUGCAGAGCCCAACCCUGUGCUCAGCUUCACCCCCGCUGCCCUCCAAUCCCGCCCAGAGCCGUCGUUGGGCGACGGAGCCCCAGCCCCCGAGCCGCCCACGUCACAGCCGCCGAAGCCUAAGGAGGAAGCUGAGAGUUCCAGCCAAAGCACCGCGGCCACUGAGAGCCCUGAGCAGCUUGGUCCCAGCCUCGCGCCUGCUCUGCCCUUCUUCAACAAGCAAAAAGCUAUUGACCUUCUGUACUGGCGGGACAUCAAGCAGACGGGGAUUGUGUUCGGGAGCUUCCUGCUGCUACUCUUCUCCCUGACCCAGUUCAGCGUUGUGAGCGUUGUUGCCUACUUGGCCCUGGCCGCCCUCUCAGCCACCAUCAGCUUCCGCAUCUACAAGUCUGUUCUACAAGCUGUGCAGAAGACAGAUGAGGGUCACCCUUUCAAGGCCUACCUGGAGCUGGAGAUCACCCUGUCCCAGGAGCAGAUCCAGAAGUACACUGACUGCCUGCAGCUGUACGUGAACAGCACGCUCAAAGAGCUACGGAGGCUUUUCCUUGUCCAGGACCUGGUGGAUUCCUUAAAAUUUGCAGUCCUCAUGUGGCUCCUGACUUACGUUGGCGCGCUCUUCAAUGGCCUGACCCUGCUGCUUAUGGCUGUGGUUUCGAUGUUUACUCUACCUGUGGUGUAUGUUAAACACCAGGCACAGAUUGACCAAUAUCUGGGACUUGUGAGGACUCACAUAAACACUGUCGUGGCAAAGAUCCAGGCUAAAAUCCCUGGUGCCAAAAGGCACACUGAGUAGAUGGAGAUCGCCGGAGAAGCUGAAUGUAAAUGGGAGUGUCUGGAGUGGUAACAGCUCUCUUACUCGUUACUGCAAAUUGAUUGUUUCCCCUUCCCAGUACCAUAAUCUUAGAGGCAAACUUCGAAACUGGUGUUUUCAGGCUCUUCCUGUACUCUUAGGAUAUUUGAGUCCCUUGUGUCAAGCACUAAAGUAUAGACAAAAGUG